UCACCCCUAACCGCCAUUUUGGAUUCGAACUGGAGUUGGCUUACUUUGGCGUGUUACCUUACCGCAGCCAGGCUAGAGGCUUUCACUUACCACACUGAGCACUGGGUGGUGCUGACAGAAUCAUUGCAGGGAACGUCGGCUUCCACAGGCCUGCAUUCCCUGCAUUCAUUUUUUUUCAAAACUCGUGCCAUCGUUCGUCGACUAGCUGCUGAAUUAAGGCAGUUGAACACUUGGUGGUGAUAGCUAGCUGCAAGCGAGAUAGCUUUUGUGAGCUAGCCGCCAAGCUGCGUCGGCACCGGCUUUUUGAACAGAGGAAGUACCGCCAGGCCCGCCAAUUUUUCCCCCCUCAUUAAUCCAGUGAGUUUAUCGGACCAUCUGGUUUAUCAGCCGGAGAAAUGUAUCAAAUUCCUGUCAACGACUUGACAAAACUCAGAAAAGCCAGGAAACAAGUGAAAAUUGCACUUGAAGACAUUGGAUUGGAGUACUGCAAGGAGGCAGUAAAUGAAUACAAAGACUUCAGUCCCGGUGAGAGCAUUUUUAAUGAGACUGAGUUGACUGAUGUCUGUGUCUGGCAUCGGGCAUUUUCCAAAAUACAGGACUAUCGAUCAAGGUCUUAUUGCUGCAGGGAUUGUCGAUUUUCUUGUGCAACCUAUAAAGGUUACAAGAAUCACUUUCGCCAUGCACACAAGCAAUUGUUCCAGGAUAGCGCUCUUCUCAACUGUGCGUACUGCACAUUCAUUGCAAGCAAGAGAACGUUGGACAUUCAUGUUAGGGUAUUCCACAAAGACAAAUUGGACCAAAAGCUUUCUCGGAUGAAUGCAAUCAAACAGAGACAACUGGCCCCAAACAACCCUAACGUAGGUCCAUCAAGGUCUUUGUACUUUUGCAAGAAAUGCACUUACCGUGACAGUCUGUACAGUGCUGUGAGACGGCACAUCUACCGUGAACAUUUUAAGCAGGUUGCCGCACCAUAUCUGCGUAUGGUUCCCAAAUCAAUGGUUCCAAAUGGUGCGCCUUUUAACGGCGACAGCAUUCUUUGUAAACGCUGCAAAUUUACCACGAAAACCUAUGAGUCACUGGUGCAGCAUGUGAUCGAAUACCAUGAGCGCAUAGGCGCCCAAGUAAAUGCUAUGAUUGGACAUGCUAAUGUUGUUGCCUCCAAUUUGCCAUCAAUGUCCCAGAAGUCUUCCGUGAUUAUCAAUGGGGGGUCCUCACUCGCUGUCAAUUCCAAAGCUCAACCAGUCAUUGGCUACUUAAAGCCCACUGGCCCUGGUUAUAAAAGUCAGUCUUCUGGUGAAGCCAAACAGCCCAAUGUUAAAGCUCCCCCCAGUAAUGUGGCUGACAGUAAAGCGGCUGGUGUCAACACAUCCCAUACACAGAAAUGGAAGAUAUGCACAGUGUGCAAUGAGCUCUUUCCCGAGACCCUCUACAGUGCUCAUUUUGAAAGUGCACACAAAGCUAGAAUAGUGUGGGCAAUGGCAAAGUAUAUUAUGAAAAUCCACAACUUUACCAGCAAGUGUUUGCUUUGCAACCGCUACCUUCCCAGCGAUUCACUGCUUAACCACCUGCUAAUACAUGGGAUCACUUGUCCACAGUGCCACUCUGCUUUCCAUAGUGUUGAGAAACUCCUUGAACAUGAGCGCCAGGCUCACCUUAAUGUUUUUGUUGGACCGCCUGGUUCUGCACCGCUAACUUUUGAUCUCACCAUCAAACAAAAUGUACAGCUCAAUAUUCUCACUUUUAACAUGAAAGAAUCUGAGAGCAAAGACCAGUCCACUGCUCCUCUUGUGACACCUUCCAUUGCAGAAUUGCAGGCUCAAGCACGGGAAAGUAUGUUACCUACAGAUUUCAAUGGCUCUAACAAGAACAUCUGUCCGCUUUGUUGCACCCCUAUGAAAGAAGAUGUGGUGAAUUCUUUGGCUAUUCACCUAAGGCAGCGACAUCAGGUGCUCCAAACAAUGCAUCCAGUUGAAAAGAAGAUGACAUUCAAAUGCAUCCACUGCUUGGGCGUGUACACGAGCAACAUGGUGGCUUCCACAAUUACACUGCAUCUCGUCCAGUGCAGAGCGGUAGGAAGAAAGCAGUCCAUUCAAACUUCCAAAUCAGCCUUGGCACUUAACUCAUCAGGAUUAAAUGUGCUCAAGAGACCACCACCACCGACACGUGUGGCCACGUACUCCAAGAAGAUCAAACUUAGCGCAGGGCCAAUGCUCCAAUCCGGUCCUUUGAGGAGAACUGGUACUGGACAGCUUGGUAUUGAUCCUAGAGUCAAUGACGAAAAGACAUUUGAGGCUCGAAAAAAUUUCCUUAAAUCGUACUUCAAUCACAGACCGUACCCUUCCCCUGAAGAACAGAAGAAACUUUCUGCGAGCCUCUGGAUAUGGAAGGCUGACAUCUGUAGACAUUUCGCAACAAUGCAAAAGGAUUGCAAAAGUCAAUGUGAGAAAUCAAACCCUUCUGUGCUGCUUGGAUUUGACAUGGAGGCCCUCAAGAAAGUGGACCACGACAUAACCUUUCAGAACAUCUCUGUUGAAAGCACUUCGAAGGGCAGGCGUGCAGGACUCAAGACUGGUAUUCCAAACAUGACCAAAAAUCUUCAAAGUGUCUCCUCCAAUGUGAAGAAAAUAUGCACAGAGCCCAUCCUAAUUGAUUCGGACAGUGAUCCAGAAGUCCAACAGACACCCGUUGCUAAGAGAAAUGGUGACACAGGCCUUCACAAGACUGAAUCCCAGCAGUUAGGUGACUCGGCGGGAACGGGAGAGAAGCUGGCAGCCGACUUAACACAAAUGGUAGAAGAGCCGAUAGUGACUGCAGAGCAGUCAACAGUUACGGGAGAGGAGCUGGCAGCCGACUCGACACCGACAGGGAAGGAGCAAAAAGCGACGCGAGAAGAGUCUCCAGCUGACUCGACAGCUUCAGGAGAGGAACUGCCAACCAACUCGACACCGACAGGAGAGGAGCCAACAGCAAUGCGAGAGGAGUCUCCAGACGACUCGACAGCGUCAGGAGAGGAACCGCCGGCCGACUCAACAGCGUCAGGAGAGGAACCGCCGGCCGACUCGACAGCGUCAGGAGAGGAACCGCCGGCCGACUCGACAGCGUCAGGAGAGGAACCGCCGGCCGACUCGACAGCGUCAGGAGAUGAACCGCCGGCCGACUCCACAGCGUCAGGAGAGGAACCGCCGGCCGACUCGACAGCGUCAGGAGAGGAACCGCCGGCCGACUCGACAGCGUCAGGAGAGGAACCGCCGGCCGACUCGACAGCGUCAGGAGAGGAACCGCCGGCCGACUCGACUGCGUCAGGAGAGGAACCGCCGGCUGACUCGACUGCGUCAGGAGAAGAACCGCCACCCGAUUCGACUGCGAGGGUAGAGGAGUCGAUAGCAAUGAGAGAGGAGUUGACACAUAUGGGAAACAAGUCUCCAGGUGUCUUGACUCCGGCGAGCGAGAAGUCGCCAACCUCACCAGAAAUCGAUGAGAAGGCCGACUCGACACCGACAGGAGAGAAGGAAGCUGUACAAACAGAAGAACCCUCAAGCCCCAAUUAAUUGUCUUUGCGAGAUGAAAACACAAACCCUUAUUAGUGUCUGCUUUGGAAGUGUGCCUUGUUAAUGCCUGAAAGAUCUAAAAGACACGCUGGGGAGACCAUUUCUCCCGGCUGGCCUGGGAACAUCUUAGGAUCUUCCCAGAGGAGCUGGAUCAAGUGGCUGCGGACAGAAAUUGGAUGUCUAUCCCUGUCACUGGCAGCUAAUGAGUUAAUUGGACAAUAGUGAAAUAAAAUGGCGCACAAGUUCACAUGAUUGCAGGAGUUUGUUAUACUGUAUAUAUCCUUAGUGUUCAUUAGUUGCCCCUUCUUCUCCGCCCAGUAAUCUGUUCACUUAUUAAAUAUGCUGUCUCAUUUCUCAGAGAUAUAUAUAUUUUUCAGCAACUGUAUUAAACCUUUAUUGAAUUGCCAAUGUUAAGUUGGAAAAUGUAAUGUGUAUUAUUGCCUAUGUUCACUUUUUCAAUAAAAGCAUUGUUUAAAAAAAAAAAAAAAAAAAAUCUAAUUUAUUUAAUCCUCCCUUAGAAUUGGAAACAUUCUCACUGAAAUAAAUGUUGCAAAGUAGAUGGCAUUCAUUAACCAAAAUUAUUUAACGUGUACUGUAGGGUCGCACGUGUUGUACACAUGUUGCUAUAAUGGCGAUCCUGUUAUUUUUUUAUUUGGACUUCCUGGAAAUAAUCAUAGAUGGAAAAUUGUGGAAUUUCAAACAGCUUUUGAGUAACAUUUCAAAGGGAUUCAAACAUGGGCAUUCACAGACCCCCCCCCCCCCCCCCCUACACACACACACACACUUAAAUGACUUGGCAGGCAAUGAUUACAAAGGAAAUAUUUUGUUAUAUUCUAUUUUAAAAAGGUGGGUCGUAAAUAUUUUUCCAAUUUCAAUUAUUAUUUAAAACAUUUUAGAUGAAUAACUCCCUUUCUUGAAUAAAAAUGUGAAUAUAAAUAUAUUUUGCUUGUUGACAUACAAUAUUAUUGAUCAGUAUUAGUUUUAUUGGGGGCAAUACCAAUAUUAUUGAUCAGUAUUAGUUUUAUUGGGGGCAAUACCAAAGUAUU